UUCUUUUUCUUGUUGCUUUACUUGAUGGCAAGUGUUUUUAAUGAGACCACUCAAGAAAGUUAUCCUUUAAUACCUAAUGUACCUCUCAUCUUGGGAAGGAAGCAUGUCGAUAGGUCAGAUCAACGUGUUAGCCGUGCUCAUGUCCAAAUCACUCUUUUAGAUGACCAACGUUGUUUUGUUAAAGCUCUUUCGACCAAUUUGUGCACUCUUGAUAAUGCCAUAUUACCCAAGAAGCUUAAUCAAGAUGGAAAUGAAGAAGGAGAAGAAAUCGAAGCUUUCAACUCACAAUGGAUCCAUCUUUUACCGGGCCAGCUCUAUCCUUUCCGAUUGGAUGUACCCAAAGUCAUGACAAUACCUACUCCUCGCAAGCCUUUACUACUACAACAAGAUGAAAACGAUGGAGAUCAUGAAGAUAUCAUGAUGGAUUCUUCACAAGAAAAGGAACAGCAAGAGGACAAAUCAGAGGAUGACUGGGUGGGAAGUAAUAACAGCAGUAUCAUCUCAACAGAAUCAAGUUUACUCGGUAGUGAAGAAUGGUCAGAAUAAUGGAGAUUGAUUAGUUUAGAAGAUAGAUUCAUCUUGUUUUGUUUGUAUAAUGAUGAUAUUUUUUUUUCCAAAUAAAAAAAGACCUUUUUUUUUAUUAUUCAC